UCUCUGUUUAGGGGUCAGUGCUCUAAAAUGAGUCUCUCUGGGGAGAGAGAGGAGGGGGGCCCUGCCUCUAAAAUGAGUCUCUCUGGGGAGAGAGAGGAGGGGGGUCCUGCCUCUAAAAUGAGUCUCUCUGGGGAGAGAGAGGAGGGGGGCCCUGCCUCUAAAAUGAGUCUCUCUGGGGAGAGAGAGGAGGGGGGCCCUGCCUCUAAAAUGAGUCUCUCUGGGGAGAGAGAGGAGGGGGGCCCUGCCUCUAAAAUGAGUCUCUCUGGGGAGAGAGAGGAGGGGGGUCCUGCCUCUAAAAUGAGUCUCUCUGUGGAGAGAGAGGAGGGGGGCCCUGCCUCUAAAAUGCAUCUCUCUGGGGAACAUGACACCAAAGCUAAGAGACCAAUCAAGCAGGAGAGACCAGCCUCCCCUGUUCCCAGCUGUGUGUCCAUGAAGAGUGACCGGUCUAUGGGUCUACCUAUAUUCUUUAGAGAGGGAGACUUUUCUACUGAACAAAGAAACCAACAGGAGAGAUCAGAGUCAGAGAUUCUCAGUGGUCAGUCUUCCCAGAGUCAUCAAACAGACCUGGCCUCCAUAUUCAGUUUGCUUGAAGAGAAUAUUAUGACAUUUGUGAGGAACGAGCUGAAGAUGUUCAAGAGGAUUCUUAGUCCAGAACUCCCAGAAGGCUUUGAGAGUCAGAAGCAGGAUAAGGAAGUGGUGGAUGCUGAAGAUGAGAAGCAGGAGAGCAGUGCCAGAGAGGGGGCUCUGAAGAUCACACUGCACGUCCUGAGGAAAAUGAACCAGAAGGAGCUUGCUGACACACUGGAGAAAUGUAAGAUAUGUCUGCCUCAUGUCUGUUCCUACAAUACUGUAGGCAUUAAAACAGACGUAAUAUUAAUAUCCUCUGUGUUAUUUCUUCAUUCAGAUGAGCUUGCUGUGAUUUGCCAACGUGAACUCAAAUCUAAUCUAAAGAAGAAGUUUCAAUGUGUAUUUGAGGGGAUCGCUAAACAAGGAAACCCAACACUUCUCAAUAAGAUCUACACAGAGCUCUACAUCACAGAGGGUGGAACAGGAGAUGUCAAUAAUGAACAUGAGCUGAGACAGAUUGAGACAACAACCAGGAAACAAGCAAGACCAGAGACUCCAAUCAAAUGUAACGACAUCUUCAAACCCUUAACUGGACAAGACAAACGUAUCAGAACUGUGUUGACAAAGGGAGUCGCUGGCAUUGGAAAAACAGUCUCUGUCCAGAAGUUCAUUCUGGAUUGGGCUGAAGGAAAAGCAAAUCAGGAUGUCCAAUUUGUAUUUUCAUUCCCUUUCCGGGAGCUGAAUUUGAUGAAAGAGGACAAAUACACUUUAAUCAAACUUCUUAAUCACUUCUCAAAGGAAACCAAAGAAUCAAGAAUCUCCAACUAUGACAAGUACAAAGUUCUGUUCAUCUUUGAUGGUCUGGAUGAGUGCCGACUGCCCCUAGACUUCCAGAAGAACAAGAUCUGUUGUGACGUCACAGAGUCAACCUCAGUGGAUGUUCUGCUGACAAAUCUCAUCAAGGGAAAUCUGCUUCCCUCUGCUCUCCUUUGGAUAACUACCCGACCUGCAGCAGCCAAUAAGAUCCCUUCAGGGUGUGUUGACCUGGUGACAGAGGUACGAGGGUUCAAUGACGCACAGAAGGAGGAGUACUUUAGGAAGAGAUUCAGUGAUGAGGACAUGGCCAGCAAUAUCAUCUCACACAUAAAGACAUCAAGGAGCCUCCACAUCAUGUGCCACGUUCCAGUCUUCUGUUGGAUUUCUGCAACAGUCUUUGAACACAUGCUGAAACAUAAGAGAGAAGAGAUGCCCAAGACUCUGACUGAGAUGUACACACUCCUUGUGGAGUUUCAUACCAAACAGAAGAAUGAAAAGUAUCUUGGGAAAGAAGAGACAGGUCCACACUGGAAUAAAGAGAGCAUUCUGUCACUGGGAAAACUGGCUUUUCAACAGCUUGUGAAGGGCAAUCUGAUUUUCUAUGAAGAAGACCUGAAGGAGGCUGGCAUUGAUGUCAAUGAAGCCUCAGUGUACUCAGGAUUGUGCACACAGCUCUUUAAAGAGGAAUGUGGGCUGUACCAGGACAUGGUUUACUGCUUUGUUCAUCUGAGCAUUCAGGAGUUUCUGGCUGCUGUAUAUGUGUUCCUCUCAUUCAUCAACAACAAUGAGAAUCUAAUGGAUGAUCCUCAAUCAAUGUUCAGAUACUUUUUGUCACUCUUCAGACACAAGGUUGAAGUUACUGAAGUUACUGUCUACAAGAGUGCUGUGGAUAAAUCUUUACAAAGUGAGACGGGAAACCUGGACCUUUUCCUCCGCUUCCUUCUGGGCCUCUCACUGGAGUCCAAUCAGAAGCACUUACGAGGUCUACUGACAAAGACAAGCAGCUCACAGACCCAUGAAGAAACAGUCAAGUACAUCAAGGAGAAGAUCAGGGAGAAUCCCUCUCCAGAGAGGAGCAUCAAUCUGUUCCACUGUCUGAAUGAACUGAAUGACCAUUCUCUAGUGGAGGAGAUCCAAAGUUUCCUGAGCUCAGGAAGUCUCUCAAAACCCAACCUGUCACCUGCACAGUGGUCAGCUCUGGUCUUUGUGUUGCUGACUUCAGAAAAGGAGCUGGAUGUGUUUGACCUGAAGAAAUACUCCAGAUCAGAGGAAGGUCUUCUGAGGCUGAUGCCAGUGGUCAAAGCCUCCAGAGCUGUUCUGCUGUCAGGCUGUGGAGUCACAGAGGAAGGCUGUGCUUCUCUGGUCUCAGCUCUGAGGUCAAACCCCUCACACCUGAGAGAGCUGGACCUGAGUAACAAUGACCUGAAGGAUUCAGGAGUGAAGCUGCUCUCUGCUGGACUGGGGAAUCCCCACUGUAAACUGGAGACUCUGAGGCUGUCAGGCUGUCUAGUCACAGAGGAAGGCUGUGCUUCUCUGGUCUCAGCUCUGAGGUCAAACCCCUCACACCUGAGAGAGCUGGACCUGAGCUACAAUCACCCAGGAGACUCAGGAGUCAGACUGCUCUCUGCUGGACUGGAGGAUCCACACUGCAGACUGGAGAAACUCAAUGUGGAACAUGGUGGAGAGAACACAAUGAAACCUGGGCUUAGAAAAUAUGUCUGUGAACUCACACUGGACCCAAACACAGUAGACAGACUCCUCUCUCUGUCUGAGGAGAACAGAAAGGUGACAUGUAGGACAGAGGAGCAGCCGUAUCCUGAUCACCCAGAGAGAUUUGAGGACUGGGGACAGGUGCUGUGUAGAGAGGGUCUAACUGGACGCUGUUACUGGGAGGUAGAGUGUAGUGGGAGAGGGGUUGAUAUAGGAGUGACAUAUAAAGGAAUCAGCAGGAGUGGAUGGGUUAAUGACUGUAGGCUUGGACACAAUGACAAGUCCUGGAGUCUGGCCUGCUCUGACAACAGUUACACUGCCUGUCACAAUAAUAUCUCCACUACCAUAGACGUCCGCCCCUCCAGCCCCCACAGAGUAGGAGUCUAUCUGGACUGGCCAGCCGGCACUCUGUCCUUCUAUAGAGCCUCCUCUGACACACUGACCCACCUGUUCACAUUCACCUCCACAUUCACUGAGCCCCUCUAUCCAGGGUUUAGGGUUCAUUAUGUCUGCGACUCAGUGUCCCUGAAAUAAUAACCUGACACACACACACACACACACACACACACACACACACACACACACACACACACACACACACACACACACACACACACACACUGGACACACACACACACACUGGACACACACACACACACUGGACACACACACACACACUUGACACACACUGGACAGACACACACACACACACACACACUGGACAAACACACACACCCACACACACACUGGACACACAGGACACACACACACAUCCACACACACACUGGACACACAGGACACACACACACACUGGACAAACACACACACACAGUGGACACACGGGACACACACACACACAGGACACACACACACACACUGGACACACAAACACACACACACACACACACAGUGGACACACGGGACACACACACACACACAGGACACACACACACACACAGGACACACACACACACACACAGGCGUGUCUUCCUAUAAUAUAAUAUAUAAUUCCAAUGUGAUCAUUUGUUGUCUUUUAUGUUGAAUAACAAAUUGUAUAAUUAUAUAUGGACAUACGCUCCAUAGUUGUACAAGUAUACAAGGAUAUAUUGUACUUUUCAUAAUAAAACAGACUUGAAACAAGAAAAGCCUGUUAAUUGUGAAAACAGUUUGGUUAUUGAUGUUACGUUUCCUCUGUCAGGUUGACGUUAACCUGCGACUGGUUGAAACAUGAAACUAAUAUGAAAUGAAAUACAAACAAUUAAAUAUGUGGAAUUGAAUUAAACAAAUUGUACAACA